CAAGUUCCUAUGCUCAAAUCAAGUAAUUUUAGAGAUGACUACAUGUCUAAGCACUACAACAAUGUUGCCAUUUCUGUGUUUCCUUCUCUUUUCCUUCUUAUGUUCAGCUUCAGCUCACACUCAUGAGGAUUUUCUACAAUGCCUUUCCCUUUAUUCUGAAGACUCCAAUUCCUUUUCCAAGCUCGUUCAUACCCCAAACAACUCUUCCUAUUUACAUGUCUUGCAGGGCUCUAUACAGAACUCCAGGUUUAAUACAACUGCAACCCCAAAACCUCUAGUUAUUGUCACACCAAUGAAUGUAUCACACAUUCAAGCAACCAUUUUCUGUUCCCAAAAACAUGGCAUGAAUGUUAGAAUUCGCAGCGGCGGCCAUGAUUAUGAGGGUCUUUCAUAUGUUUCCGUUCUCCCUUUUGUCAUCAUUGAUCUAAUCAAUCUUCGAGCAAUCAAUGUUGAUGUAGAAAACAGCACUGCUUGGGUUCAAGCUGGUGCAACUCUUGGCGAGCUUUACUAUAGCAUUGCUGAGAAAAGCGGAACUCUUGCCUUUCCUGCAGGUGCUUGUCCUACUAUUGGUGCUGGAGGGCACUUAAGUGGAGGUGGGUAUGGAGGGCUGAUGCGGAAAUAUGGCCUUGCUGCUGAUAACAUAAUUGAUGCUCAAUUAAUCGACGCUAAAGGUAGAAUUCUUGAUAGAGCAUCAAUGGGAGAAGAUUUGUUUUGGGCCAUUCGAGGCGGUGGAGGAAAUACUUUUGGAGUUGUUGUUGCAUGGAAAUUGAAGUUGGUUCCUGUUCCACACACAGUGACAAACUUCUCCGUCUUAAGAUCUUUGGAAGAAAAUGCAACCAAGUUAAUCCAUCGGUGGCAGUACGUUGCAAACAAGCUUCCCGAAGAUCUCUUCAUUACAGCAUAUAUAACCAAAAUUAAUUCUAGUGAGGAAGGAAUUUCAACAAUACAAGCUGAAUUCCCUUCUUUAUUUCUUGGUGGGGCUGAUAGGCUUCUUCCAUUGAUGCAAGAGAACUUCCCUGAGCUCGGCUUAGUGAAAGAUGAUUGCACCGAAAUGAGCUGGGUAGAAUUUGUCCUCUACAAUUCUGGAUAUUCUAGUAAUUCUUCCUUGGAUGUGUUGCUCAACAGGACUCCUCAAUACAUAACAAAUUUCAAAGCAAAAUCUGACUACGUCAAGAAACCUAUUCCUGAAAUUGCGUUCGAUGGGAUAUGGAAAAGGUUCCUUAAAGAAGGUAUCGAGACGCCUAGAUUGGUCCUAGUUCCAUAUGGAGGGAAAAUGGAUCAGAUUUCGGAAUCUAGCAUCCCAUUUGCGCAUAGAGCUGGUAAUUUAUACAAAAUUCAAUACUUGGUGCUUUGGAAUGAGCAAGGCAAGGAAGCAUCAAUGAGACAUAUAGCUUGGAUUAGAAGGCUUUACAGUUACACGACUCCUUAUGUUUCAAAAAAUCCUCGAGAAGCAUAUAUUAAUUACAGGGAUCUUGACAUUGGAAUGAAUAACCUGGCAGGCAACACAAGUUUUAAACAAGCAAGCAUCUGGGGCAGGAAAUAUUUCAAGAAUAACUUUGACAGGUUAAUACAAGUGAAGACUGCAGUUGAUCCUGAUAAUUUCUUUAGAAAUGAACAAAGCAUCCCACCACUCUCUUCUUCGUGAUCAUAGCGACCAGAUGAUUUUUUAUAUUUGAAAAUGAUUUGAUGCUGAUAAAGGUAUUUUCUUCUGUAUUAGAUAUUAAUAAAAGUUUGGUCAGUGAUCAUUUAUGGCCA